UCGCAUCCUCCUCCCUUGCAUUGCGUUGCUUGCUGCUGCCUAUAAAUCCAGAGCUCCCCUUCAAGCACCAUCUCAACUCACUCUCGAUCAAACUAGUAGCCAGUACUCCUCGAUCUCCUUGGGUUAAUCACCUCCUUCGCUUCAGACUUUCUCUUCAGCUCCCAUCCCAUCAUCGUCUUGAUCGCGAUGGCAACGGUGACCCGUGCUCACCUGGAGCAGAGGCUCGCCCUGGCCAAGCGCUGCUCGCGUGAGGCGAACAUUGCAGGGGUUAAGGCGGCUGCCGUUGCGACCAUCGCCUCCGCCGUUCCAACCCUGGCGAGCGUGAGGAUGCUGCCAUGGGCGAAGGCGAACAUCAACCCGACGGGGCAGGCGCUGAUCAUCUGCACGGCGGCCGGGAUGGCAUACUUCGUGGCCGCCGACAAGAAGAUCCUCUCGCUGGCGAGGAGGCACUCCUUCGAGAACGCACCGGAGCACCUCAAGAACACCUCCUUCCAGGGCGCCGGCCGCCCUCACCCUGCCUUCUUCAGGCCAUGAAUUUCUCCUAAUCAACUAGCUAUAGAAAAAAAAAAUGCUGCUUGCAUUGCUAGGCUAGCUGCUGCUUCAGAAAGUGUUUGCUGUGUACUUGGAUCGAUGUAGUAUACUGUAUGUCUGUAUCUCCAGUUUGUAGUACUAAUAAACAAAUCUUUUGAACUUGAGAACGAAUUACAUUGA